AUGCCGCCGCCUGCAAAGCUCCCAACACGCAAGCUGGGCAGAAAUGGCUCCGAUAUCACGGCCGUCGGCUUCGGCCUGAUGGGACUGAGCACGGCAUACGGUUCUGUUGGCCCAGACGAAGACCGCCUCAAGGUCCUCGACCGCGCCUGGGAGCUGGGCUGCACCAACUGGGACUCGGCCGACAUGUACGCAGACAGCGAGGACCUGCUUGGCAAGUGGUUCACACUGCAUCCGGAGCGCCGCGCCGGCAUCUUUUUGGCCACCAAGUUCGGUCUACGGCCGGGCAUCAAGGAGGACGGCAGCCCGGGACUCCUCAUUGACAGCUCGCCCGAGUACUGCCGUCAGCAGUGCGAGAGAAGCCUCCAGCGUCUUGGGGUUGACUAUAUUGACUUGUAUUAUGUUCAUCGGGUGGACGGGAAGACGCCUGUUGAGAAGACCAUGGCUGAGCUGGUCAGGUUGAAACAGGAAGGAAAGAUCCGGCACAUUGGCAUUUCCGCGUCGUCUGCCGAUACCCUCCGUCGCGCCUGUGCCGUGCACCAGGUUGAUGCAUUCCAGGUCGAGUUCAGUCCAUGGGCGCUCGAGAUUGAGGGGCCUGACUGGGGAUUCCUCCUGCAGACGUGUCGGGAGCUGGGGGUUUCUGUCUUUUCCUAUUCGCCGCUCGGCCGGGGCAUCAUGACGGGGCAGAUCAAGUCGCCUGAUGAUUUUGAGCCGGGAGAUCUGCGGCGCCUGUUCCCUCGCUUCAGCAAGGAGAAUUUUCCCAAGAAUCUGGAUCUUGUUGAAAGGUUCAAGAGCUUGGCUGCCAAGAAGGGCUGCACCCCAGGACAGUUGACCAUCGCUUGGUUGAUGGCCCAGGGGGAGGACAUCUUCCCGAUUCCGGGAACUAAGAAUAUCAAGUAUCUUGAGGAAAACAUCGGGGCUGUGCGCGUUCAGGUCUCAAAGGAGGAAGAGCAGGAGAUUAGGAAGUGGAUUGAUGAAAUUGGCUUUGCUGGCAUGAGAGUGCCUCCUGGGCUGUUGGACGAGUUCAAUGAUACACCGCCGCUGUAG